AUGGAAGCACUACUGUCUCUCUCCUUCGACAACACGUCUUCCAAAGACAUUUCCAAGAUCCGCAAAGGCUUGCGCCAGAUUGAAGGUCUGCUGGCUCAGAUCUGCAUCCCUCCAUCAUGUUCCCAGCAAAAGCGCCGGCCAUCGUCUUCUCGCCUGUCUGGCGACACGCUCCUUCCGCCUAGGCAAUUGAGCACCUUGUGCCAGGAUCCUGCCUACAGAGAGUUCUUUCGCCUGCAAGAGGGCUUUGAAUGGAAUGUUGCUUCUCGCCUGAUGACCUGUCUCGAGACAUUGCUGGGAAUGCCCAAUGCAACCCAGUCCAAUGCAAUCAUCCUCUCCGCCCUCGACAUCCUCCAAGGAGUCCUUCUCCUCCAUCCUCCUUCACGCGCUCUUUUCCGCCGCGAGAGUUAUAUGGACCUUCUUCUCGAUCUUCUCGAUGCCGCAAAUCCGCCCGUCGUCCAGUCGCAGGCUCUCCUUGUUCUCGUUACAGCUCUCCUUGCAACUCCCGAAAGCACUCGCACCUUCGAGAAAAUGGAUGGCCUCCUCACAAUCGCCAGCUUGUUCAAGUCACGCAGCACCUCCAGAGAAGUCAAGUUGAAGGUCGUCGAGUUCCUCUACUUCUAUCUCAUGCCCGAAUCUCCUUCUGCCAACUCUUCCUCGGCUGGUCCGCAGAAGAAGCACAGCAAGCGAAUCAACACAAACGAGAGUACCGGCUUUUCAAAGACGACUGACGAAAAACAACGCCUGCUUGGCCAGUAUCUGAGCAACGUCAACGAGCUCGUCCAGGAUCUCAAGGAGAACGCCCCUUUUGCUUUCUAA